AAAAAUAAAAAUCAAGGAAAAAAAGUUCAGUCCUUUGAGGAGAGCACAGCGAGAGAGGUGAGAUUCCAAAGUCUUCUCCUUUUCAUCACUCCUUUUCGUGAAUCUGGUGUUGAAGAUCUGUUGAAGACUCUGGAUUAACGAUGGGGGAAGAAGAUACGAAAGUUACUCUGGAGCCAACAGCAAACGGGGACGGUUCUCUUCAAAAGCCAUCAGAUGCUAUCACUGGAAAGCUGGCGGAGGAGAAUGUUAGUGACAAAGUAACACAGGGAAGCAAGAAUGAUGAGGAUACUGGACCUGAGAAAAUGGAGAUAGAUGGUGGGAUCAAGCAACAUGAAGAUAGAGAGGAGAAAGCUGAGACUGAGAAAACAGAAGAGAAAGAGGUCAGUGAGGACAAGGAGAAAGCUGAAACUGAGAAAACAGAAGAGAAAGAUGUCAAUGAGGACAAGGAGAUAGCUGAGACUGCUAAAACGGAUGAAGAGAAAGGACAACCAGAAGCUUAUAAAAUGGACGAAGACACAGAUGUCAAGAAUUUGGAAGCUGAUGAUGGUGUUUCUGGAGAUGCUACAGAGGAGGAUACUGUGAUGAAGGAAACCGUGGAGUCUGAAGACAAUAAAGACAUUAAAGGUGGUGCCGAAGAUCAAAAGGUGGACAAGAAAAAUACUACUGAAGGAGGCCAGGAUAAGACUGAGAAAGAAUCACAGGAGGAGAAGCUAGAAGGAGGGCAAGUAAACGGAAACGAAGAAGGGAAUAAAGAAGACAUCAAAGAGGAAGAGAAGUUGGUUGGUGGAGACAGUGUCGGUGAGGAUGAAAAGAAGGAUAAUGACAAGGAAGAGGCACCAAAGGAAAAGCAUGAGGGUAAAAUGGCUGAAGAUGAGAAGGAGGAAGAAACAAACAAAGAAGGGGAGAAGGAAGCAAACAAAGAAGAUGAACUGAAGGCAGACACUGAAGUCAAUGACUUGAAAGUGGAAGACGAAAAAACAGAUGAUAAAAAUGAAGAUAAAGAGGAGGAGACAAAGGACAAGAAGGAAGAUGAAAAAGAAGAGCGCAAUGAUGAUAAGGAAGAUGAAAAUGAAGAUAGCAAGAAGUCUGGCAAGGGAGGGAAAGGGAAGAAUGAGAAGGCUCGCGGGAAGGCAAAGAGUGAGGAAAAAACAAACAAAGAAGAGGAAGUGGAAGCAGACGCUGAGGUCGAUGAGCUGAAAGUGGAAGACGAAAAAGCAGAGGGUGAAAAUGAAGAUAAAGAGGAGACAAACGACGAGAAGGAAGAUGAAAAAGAAGAGAGCAAAGAUGUUAAGGAAGAUGAAAAUAAAGACAGCAAGCGAGGAAAAGGAAAGAAUGAGAAGGCUCGCCGGAAGACAAAGAGUGAGGAAAAAAAGAAGGAUAUUGAACCUAAGACCCCUUACAGCAGUGACCGCCCUGUCCGUGAGCGAAAGUCUGUUGAAAGACUUGUCGCAGUGGUUGAUAAAGAUUCUUCAAAGGAACUCCAAAUUGAAAAGGGAAAAGGAACACCUCUCAAAGAUAUCCCCAAUGUUGCUUACAAGAUAGGAAGGAGUAAGGCUGAUGAAGUUUUAAGGCUGCUGCACACCAUUCUAUUUGGUGGGAGAAGAGGAAAAGCUGCUCAGGUCAAGGCAAACAUUUUGCGCUUUUCUGGUUACAAAUGGCAAGGAGAUGAGGAAAAGGCAAAAGAUAAAGUACAAGAAAAACUCGACAAAUGCAACAAAGAAAAGUUGCUGGAGUUCUGCGAACUCUUGGACAUACCAGUUACCAAGUCUAGUACAAGAAAAAAGGAAGAUGUCAUUGCAAAGCUGUUUGAGUUUUUGGAAAAACCUCAUGCGACAACUGAUGUUCCAGUUUUUGAGAAAGAGAAGGGCUUAAAGCGCAAAAGAACUCCUAAGAAGAGGUCACAGGCUGGAAGUUCGUCUUCAAAACGAUCAGCAAAGAGCCAAAAGAAGACGAAGGAAGCAACAAGGACUGACAAAAAGAGCUUACCUCAUUCUGAUGAUGAGUCUGAAGAAGAGAAAGAGGAGGAGGAAGAAGAAGAAGAGAACGAGCAGGAAGAAGAGAUCGAAGAGGAGGAUAAUGAAAACGGGAUUCCUGAUAAAUCAGAUGAUGAGGCGCCUCAGCCUUCUGAAAGUGAGGAGGAGAAAGAUGAAUCUGAGGCGGAGUCAGAGGAAGAAACUAAGAAGAAGAAGAAGCGUAGUUCUAGGACUGUAUCUGCAAAGAAAUCUGCAGGUGGGAAAUCAAGAAGCAAGAAAGCUGCAGUCUCCACGAAAUCCAGUCCACCCCCAAAGAAAGUUACUCAAAAGCGCUCAGCAGGAAAACGAAAGAAGAGUGACGACGACAGUGAUUCAAGUCCAAAGGCAUCAUCCUCUAAGAGGAAGAAGACUGAAAAACCGGCCAAGGAACAGUCUUCGGUUCCUUCAAAAUCGGCAUCAAAGGAGAAACCAGGAAAAGGCGGAAAAGGGAAAGGCAAAAACAAGGAGCCUAGUGAUGAGGAGUUGGGAUUUGCAAUCGUUGAUAUCUUGAAAGGGGUGGACUUUAACACGGCCACAUUCACUGACAUCCUCAAGCGACUAGCUGAGAAGUUCAGUCUCGAUCUCACGUCAAGAAAAUCAUCGAUAAAGCUGAUGAUCCAAGAUGAGCUCACUAAGCUAGCAAACGAAGCCGAGGAUGAGAAAGGAGAAGAAGAGGAUGCUGAGAAAGAGAAAGAUGGAGAAUCUGGUGGUGGAGAGGAGGUUAAGGCCUGAUCACAAAUCAUAUAAAUGUAGUCUUAGCUUCAGUUUAGUCUCCAAGGGGUCUGUCUCUAUCCCCAUUUGCCUAUCGUCAUGUCAUUAAGCAAAUAUUUUAGAGCUUGUAACUUGUUUCUUGUUUCUGGUCUGGAGUUGUGCUACAAGCAGGGAUUCUUUUGUUUGUUUUUACUUUUGGUAGAGUCAGAAGGAGAAGCUGAUGAGGAUUGGUUAACGUUUUAUGUAAGCAGCUUCAUUUGUGUAGACAAUUUGACAAAAGCUCCUUCAGGAUUUAUGCACCACUUAAACACCCUAGUGAUUUUUGGGUUUUCAUUUUUAAGAGCUUUUGUUCAAACUCAAAAGAUGUAAUAUUCACAUGCUUUUUCUAGGAGACCACUGAUGUCGACAUUAAUGAUCUUUAC